UUAACGUUACGGUUAGCGUAUCGUAGUAACCAGCUGCUCAUCCCCGGCAAGCUGCAUCAAGCCUCCUAGCCCAGCUGUCCGGUGUCCGGCUAGGAAAAGGCUCAGAUGUGGGACUUCAUAGUUUGUGCUUAGAGGAGUUCUGGCGGACAUUAUCAUGCAGCUGCAGCUGAGAGACGUUUUAGGAGAAGGCCUUAUAGUGUUACAAUGGAGCCAUCGGGAAGUACUACGAUGAGCAACCACACCCUCAACUCAACAGGAGGUGGUUGCCCAUGGGAGGUCAACGACAAGGCCAGACUGUGCCGCUUCCUCUGCUAUGGCUUGGAGGGAGACUUGUACACUGCCAGAGAGGAAGGUCAGGUUAGCAUGGAGUGCGCUGGAGCUCUGCUCUCCCUGCUGCAGGAGGGCCGUGGUGCUGAGGUGGUGGAGGAGAUCAAAAGGUUCACGCAGGAUGGGCGAGCUGUCAGACUCGGCCCCUCCUUUUUUGCCCUGGCUUUGUGCUCCCAGCACUCGGAGCUGAAGACGAGACAGGCGGCAUUCAAAGCCCUGAAGGAAGUUUGUCGGGACCCUGCCCACCUGUUUUCGUUCAUCCAGACCAAGAAGGAAUUGAAAGAGGGUAUGAAGUGUGGGAUUUGGGGACGUGCCCUGAGGAAAGCAGUGUCUGACUGGUACAAUGAGCAAGAUGCCAUGAGUCUGGCUGCGGCUGUGACCAAAUGUAAACAGAGAGAGGGAUGGUCCCACCAGGAUCUGCUCAGGCUCUCUCACACCAAACCAGCUAAUGAAGCAAUUGCCUUGAUCAGCAAAUAUAUAACAAAAGGAUGGAAAGAGGUCCAGACUGCUUACUCAGACAAAGAGAACUCAGCAGAGGUUGCCAAAGUGCUUUCGUAUCUUGAAGUGGUGGAGAAGGUAAAGCACAGUUGUGAUGAAACGGAGGUCAUCAAUUUAAUAGAGGAACACAAGCUGGAGAGGGAACAGCUGCUGACAGACCACCUGAAGUCCAAACAGGUGUGGAGAGCUUUGUUGAAAGAAAUGCCUCUCCAGUCAGUGCUAAGGAUCUUGGGUAAGAUGACAUCAAACAAAAUUCUUGAACCUGGAAGUUCAGAAACGCAAGCUGUAUGUGACAGAAUCCAGAGUGAGACGGCACUAAAGACGGCAAAGAUCCACCCUUUCAGCAUACUCUUGGCUUCUGAAAACUACAAAAGAGGCCAAGGCUAUCAGGGUAAAACAAAAUGGGAACCAGACAGCGGCAUCCUCAAAGCAAUGGACUCUGCUUUUUAUAAGAGUUUUAUGAAUCUGGAGCCUGUGGGUAAACGCUUCGUAGUGGCGGUAGACGUGAGCACGUCACUGAGCAGCAUUGUCCCAGGGACGUCAAUCAGCACUGCUGUCGCUGCUGCAGCUAUUACCAUGAUUUUUGCAAGGUCAGAAGCAGACACACAUGUGCUGGCCUACUCUGAAGGAGCUGUAGUUCCAUGCUCUGUCUCUGCUGACAUGACUCUCGCACAAGCCACAUUUGAGCUGGUCAAGAUCCCGAGCGGAAGCACAGACUGCACCCUUCCCAUCACAUGGGCCACAGAGAAUGGGAAAGCUGUAGAUGUGUUCAUCGUUCUGACCAACAACCCGUUGUGGACGUUUACUGCCAGCCCAGUGGAGUCUCUAAAGAAGCAUAGACAAAAAUCAGGAGCUAGUUCUAAGUUGGUGAUGUGUGGGCUAACGUCCAUUGGACACGCCAUCGCAGACACAGAAGACAGGGGUUUACUGAGCAUCUGUGGCUUUGACCUUGGAGCUUUGAUCGUCAUUCGUAACCUAGCCCAGGAUUUGAUCUAAUAAAGUAUUGGGGCUGUCUCUGAAUCAUGUCGUUAGAGCACAGAAAGAAAUCCCUAAAACAGAACUAAUCCAAAAGAUGCUGACAUUUGCAAUUACAAUUUCUCUUUUUGUAUUAUGUCACUUACACGUCAAUUGACAAAGUGUCCAGCGGGCUGGACAAAACUCUGAAAAUGUUAUGUGCAUAUAUUUUUUUCUAAAAUUUAAAAGUGAUAAGACAUAAUACGUUAUUGCAUAUCAUGCUGUCAAGUUUAAGUGCAAACAGCACUGUUUAAUGCUUUGAUGGACACACUAACACAUACAACAAUGAAUCCACUAAUUUAUAGCAAGAUGAUGGCAGAUUAAAAAGAGGAACAGUGUAAGAGUCAGAAUGUUAGAGGCUUAGUUCAACUGUAGGUUUAUUUUAAUUGGAGUAGUUUCUAGUAUGUAUCUAUGGUAUGAGUUUAGCAGGUUUUAUGUGACGAUAGAGGCAUUUUAUAUUUGAAAGUCCCUCUGUUUUAUGUAGCAUUAUCAUAAAUUAUUAACAGAUAUACUGUAAAUGAGAGGAAUUGAAACAAAGCACCAGAAGUCACUGCAAUGUAUUCUGUUGACCUCAAAUUAUUUGAUUUAUAUGGUCAGAAAACAUUUAUAGGAAUAGGAAUAUUAAUAUCUAUUACACAACUUUUACCUUUAGCAUAGCUAUAGUUUUUAGUUGGUAGUGUUUUCCCCUAAGCCAAUUUUAUUUGAAAACACUGUUGUCUGUUUUGCUCUUGUUGAAUUUAUUCUACAAAAAGAAUACCCUUGGUGCUCUUAAAUGUGUUGAUGCAUUUUGGGGGAAUUAUUUGGGAUUUUCUUUGUGAAACAAUUAUGCCAAUGUUUGGCACUGUAAGUCAGUUUACUGUAAGUUGGAGAGAGUCUGAAUUCUAUGCAUUACAAUUUGGAUUUUACUGUAAUAGUAGUAUAUCCAGGAAGGACAAAUCAUAGCUGUUUAGCUAUGAUUAGCUAAUUGUUUACCAAGACUGAAUCUGCUAGCACAGUCAUGUUUCUGUAUUUUUGAUGUAAGAAUGUUUGUUAUGCAAAGUCUAACAGAUAAUUGAUACCUUCCUGGAAUAAAAUUAAUUGAAUGUAAUUUUGUAAAACAUAUAACGGUAGAUAUUUGAAGUACAAUGCUUUAUAUUUCUUCAAACACUGCUUAUACACACACACUGCUUACAGUGUUUGGGGCCAAUGCAUUUCGGGGAAAUGCAAACAAGCGGCUACAGUGGUGCUUCUUGUUUAGUCAAGAGCAACUGCUGUAAUUACUGACAGCAUUCUGUAAACAUGUUACUCAUCAUUCAUUCUGAUGUAAUUUACUCAUGAUGAAAAUAAAUUCCUGACCAUGUUACUGUGACAGAUUUUUGUCCAUGUAAAUGCUAUCAUUUUCAAUGUUAAGACAAUGUCCACUGUCUUUUUGGCUGACGGUCAAAAUACUAUAAAGCUAAAAUGUGUGUAAUACAUUUGUUACUACGUUUGUAGUUAAAAGUCUAACAUGAGAGAUAGUUAUUAUGAGGUAUGGUAGUUCAUUCAAGUGUUUUACCACCAUGACUGACUUCUUUUUCAUCGUAUUGUCAGUUGUAUUCAUUUUGCUUAAAUGCAAGUACUUGACUGUAGUGGCGAUGUAAACCCCUAAUAAACACUUUGCUGCUCUACAAA